GGUUGGUGGCUGGUGGCAGCGAGCAGGGCACAGCAAGUGUCCCCACCCUCCCUGUCACUGCACCCCAGCCAGGGGGUGUCCCUGGGGGACAAUGUCACCCUGCGCUGCCACCUGCCCCAGCUGGCUGCCUGGGUCUGGCUGUACCAGGAAGGAGGCUGGACAUACAGCAAGGGGAAGAACAAGCAGCAGAACACGACUGAUUUCUACUUCUUCAGCACAAAUCGGGAGCACGCAGGUACGUAUCGGUGUCAGUACCGGGCGUCUUGGUCAGGAGUGCCAUCCGAGAAGAGCAAUCCUGUGGAGCUGGUGCUGACAGAUCGCCGUUUGCCCCCUCCCAGCAUUUCCCUGAGCCCCGAGGAACGUGUGGAGAUAGGGACCAAUGUCACCAUCCAGUGCUGGAACAAGGACUACGGGGCCACCUUCCUCCUGCACAAGGACGGCUGCUCAGCCCCCAUCCAGCGCCAGCACCUCCAUGCGGUGGGCACAGCCACCUUCACCAUCUUUGGGGUGACCCCAGCUGACAGCGGCACCUACAGGUGCUCCUACCGCCCCUGGGCUUACCCCUUUGUGUCCUCACCCCUUGGCAAUAACGUGACUCUGGAGGUGACUCCCACACCUGCACCCCCAGGUGCUGCAGACAGUUCC